CGCCAUAUUUUUCUCUUAAUGUCUCACUAAUCUAAUGCAUUCUUCGACUUAAAGUUUAGACAUAUAUUUAAUAUAGCUAUGAUUCACGUAAUUUUUUUUCUUGUGUACAAUUUUAAAAGAAUAUCAUAUUAUGGAUGCGUUCAUUUGUAACCUUUUUAGCCUAUUUCAACAAAUGUCGUGAAAAAAACUAGACAUAAGUUGAAGUAAAUCAAGUUUUAUUAAAAUUCAAACAAUAUUUGUGAAUUUUGAUACCUUUCACCUCGAUUUAUUCGUUUGAAUUUUUAAUUUGUUAUAAAAUAUUUUUAUGAUGUAGAAUAAUUACAUAUUUUGUGUUGGGUUGGGUUUUUACUUAAAAAUAUCGCCAACCCGAACCAACCCAAUUAGAAGCAAACCGUAGGGUUUAGAUUUUUUGGGUGGGUUUGGGUUUAAUAUUUCCCAAACCGUAGUGCAUGGGUCGGGUGAUUAAAAUGUCUAAACCCGGACCACCCGACCCAUGUACACCCCUACAAGAGAGUCAAACAGAGGAGUCAAGUAAAGCGCGGGAGUCGACCAAUAGUCGAACUCUCGAUGAGAGGGUUUUAAAGCGCGGGAGUCAACCAAUAGUUGAAACUUGAAUUGGUGGCAGGGAUGGUAGCAGAUCGACACAAAGUCAAGUUUAGAAUUUUAAAAUUUUUCUUAUAUUUGAUUGGAUUUUUGGUAUCAAUCUGUAGAUAAUAAUUUCUUUUUGUUAUAUUAACCAACACGUUAACAUUCUUCGCAAGUAUAUUAAGAUUACAUAAGUGAAAAGGUACGAUAAUUAAUCAUUAUAAUAAAAAAAAUUAGUUUAAAAACAAUACUAUUUCAUGAAAAUACUUUAUAUCAUUUGAGUUUAUUUUAUUUAUCGGAUUGUGUCGGAAUCGAACCGGUUAAUUUAUCCUUGUGGAUAUUUUGUAGUAAAAGUUCCCGAUAAAUAUUAGUGGAAAAUAUCCUAUAUUCUUAAUUGUUUCCACUUUCCCCCUUGAUCUCCGUAAUCUAAUCUAAGUGGUAUGAUAGUUGAUACAGACAGUGUAGAUAAAUAUGUGGAUAGAAGGAGAUGAGAUGGCAGAUACUUCAAAAUCCUUUGCAGCCUCCUCAUUGGCUACUUCCUCCUUCAACAUCACACUCCUCUCUCUUCCCCUCCUUUCUCCGCCACUUGUUUUUCCCCCACCUUUUAUUCUCCAUUUCCCUUCUCAUAUAUAAAACAGAGUCUCUACCCACUUCCAUUCCACAGCUCCAAAUCCCUCUCUCUCAAACGAAACCUCACUUGGUGGCAAACACAGAGCUCAGCAUAGCCUAGCCUAGCCUUCUAGAGCAAGAGCCUCGUUUGAACCAUGGCUGCUUCCACGAUUAUGGCUGCCUCCAAUACCGUGUUGAAGCCAUCUCCAUUUCUAGGACAGAGGGGCCAAAAUGCCAACCCUCUUAGAGAUGUGGUCGCCAUGGGCAAUGCCAAGUACAUCAUGGGAAAUGAUUUGUGGUAUGGACCAGACAGAGUGAAGUACUUGGGACCCUUCUCAGCUCAGACUCCUUCCUAUCUAACUGGGGAAUUCCCUGGUGAUUAUGGCUGGGACACUGCUGGUUUGUCUGCUGAUCCUGAGGCCUUCGCCAGAAACAGGGCUCUUGAGGUUAUCCAUGGAAGGUGGGCUAUGCUGGGAGCCUUGGGCUGCAUCACCCCAGAAGUUCUGGAGAAAUGGGUGAGUGUGGACUUCAAGGAGCCAGUUUGGUUCAAGGCAGGGGCCCAAAUCUUCUCAGAAGGUGGGCUGGACUAUCUGGGGAACCCAAACCUGGUCCAUGCUCAGAGUAUCCUUGCUGUGCUAGGAUUCCAGGUCGUCCUCAUGGGACUCGUGGAAGGAUUCCGCAUCAAUGGCUUGCCUGGUGUUGGAGAAGGGAAUGAGCUUUACCCUGGUGGCCAGUACUUCGACCCGCUGGGGCUCGCUGACGAUCCGGUCACUUUCGCUGAGCUCAAGGUGAAAGAGAUCAAGAAUGGUAGGCUUGCCAUGUUCUCCAUGUUUGGUUUCUUUGUUCAGGCUAUUGUCACUGGGAAAGGUCCCUUGGAGAAUCUCUUGGACCAUCUUGAUGACCCUGUUGCCAACAAUGCUUGGGUCUUUGCCACCAAAUUUGUCCCUGGAUCAUAAAGAUACAGCAAACCAAUUUGCCCUAGAUUCCCCUGCCACUUGUAGAAUGGAAGGAAAGGAACUUUGAACACCUUUUGUUUGUAAUCUUUGCCUAUGGAGGUUUGAUGUAAAUUGAAACAACUUUUCUGCCAAUUCCUUUCCUUCUUCUAUUUGCAUUCCAAAUGGCAAGAUGAUAAGAUGACAAAGACGGAAUAUGGGAACUUUUCAUCUUUCAUU